AUCAUCAAGAAACAAAAACAGAAAAGAAACAUUUGAUCGGAGUGGUUGGGUGUGAUAAGUUUUUCUCCCCCGUUUAAUUCCUUUAUGUUUACGUGAACUACCCUGCACUUCUUCUCGAAGAAUGGAAGUUCACAACUUUGGCGUGGCACCGAUAACGUGCUACGCUUGGAACAAGGAUAGGACAGAACUAGCGCUGAGCUUGAACAAUGCGGAAGUGGAACUCCACCAUCGGGAAGGGAGCCGGUGGAAUCGCACGUGCACGCUUACCCAGCACGAGCUCAGAGUGACCAGCAUCGACUGGGCUCCGCGCACCAACCGUAUUGUGACCUGCGCUGCUGAUCGGAAUGCGUACGUCUGGACCCUGGGUCCUUCGCAGCAUGGGAAGGGGGACGAGUGGAACCCCGUCCUGGUACUCCUGAGAAUCAACAGGGCGGCGACGUGUGUGCGGUGGUCCCCGCAAGAAGACAAGUUUGCUGUGGGCUGUGGUGCAAAGCUGGUGUCCGUGUGCUAUUUUGAGGAGGACCACAACUGGUGGCUGAGCAAACACAUCAAGAAGCAGAUCAAGUCUACAGUUACCUCUUUAGACUGGCAUCCCAACAACUGUCUCUUGGCCUGCGGUUCAACAGAUUUCAGAGCUAGGAUAUUUUCCGCGUACGUCAAAGAGGUAGAAAGUGCACCCGAACCCACACCCUGGGGAGAAAAGGCUUCCACCUUUGGUCAUUUGCUGGCUGAGAUGUCAAAUGCCGGAGCAGGAUGGGUGCACUCUGUGAGCUUCUCGGCAGACGGCAACCGCCUGGCGUGGGUGGGUCACGACAGCAGCGUCUCCGUGGUGGAUGCCACCCGCAAUCAAGCACUCGUCACGGUGCGGACGCCGUUUCUGCCUUUCGUGUCCUGCACGUGGCUCUCCAACACCAGGAUCUUAGUUGCAGGUUACGACUGCUGUCCAAUGAUGUACGAGUAUACCAACGGGCAGCUCACCUUUGUGGAUAAACUGGACAAAUCGCAGAAGAAAGAAGUGGAUGGAGUCAGCGCAAUGAGGAAGUUCCGCAACAUGGACAAGCACGCGAUGGAGAGUAGAGGAGACACGCUGCUGGACACGGUCCAUCAAAACACUAUCACCAGCGUGACUCUCUACCAAGGGUCCAAGAACGGAGCCACCAAGUUCACCACCUCCGGCAUGGAUGGCAACCUCGUCAUCUGGGACCUAAAGGGUCUGGAGUCAUCCUUAGCGGGGCUACGCAUCGUCUGACGCAAAAGUGGUGCGCAAGAAUAAAGACCUAGGCAAAGAGUGAUUUCUGCAAAACAGAUGUUGAAGAAAGAUGUUUGUUCCAAUUUACACGCUGAUAGGAUGCAGGUGAAACGAACACGUGGCUGCGAAGUUGCCCACGACGGCUCGUGGUGGGCGUCGUCGUCGUCGUCUUCUGUGAGGUUCCAGUGCGUGGACAGGACUUUGAUCGAACGGAUCGCACUCUGGGACCGUCUGCAGCAACGCAGGGUGGGACUUGCGGAGCUGCGGUCUUUCAUUUCUUCCUCUUAGGUUGUACAGCAUUGUGUUGUUGAUCGAAUCCAGCAUUGUUGGUGGCAGGGUGGUUGGAACAGACUGCCGGCUUGUGAUUUAACUUUGAUUUUACGUCAUUCUUUGCGAGGUUUCAUAUGUUGCAAUAACCAGUAGUGGGGGUGUUGCCCGAGGAACCUUAGUCUCGUGGUUUGGCGAUCGCCUCGCGAUGCGUCCGACCUCGUGUUUACACUUCUGCCUGCGAGGAACGUGAUUCGCUAAAUUGGGAUGUGCAAAAGUCUCUUUCGGGUAAUUGGAAGAUUUAGAGGGUGGUCGUCGCGGGUUGAGCAGACGGUCAUGAACGGAGCUGCAUUUUUUGUGGUCAUUGUCUGGGUAUCCUAUAUUUGGCUGUAUGCUCUCACCUAAACCAGUCUUCUCCCGUCCCCAACAAAAAACUGGAAAGGAAAAUUGGUGCCUCAUAUGCACCUGCAGACUGAAUGUUGUCGGGUCAUGUUCAAUUUUUUUCCCCCUCCUUAAUUACCCUUCGUUUCUAUCGAAGUGCUACAGCUGGCCGUGCCAAAAAUGUCUUUCUAGAGCACCUCCGAAACCGGAUUAUUUCUGAAAAAUGUCACCGUGGGUGUGCAGAGCCCUGCCAUAUUCUCUUUUCGUACCGUUCAUGAAACUGAGUCAUGUUUGCUUGCGACAAAGUAAUUUAAACAAAUAUUUAGAGCCUGAAGUUUUCGGGAAAUAUUUUUUUCUGAUUUCGGGGAGUAAAAAUCUGGUAAAUAAACGUGCCUAAAUUCAUGCGAAUUCGGCUGAAAAACCUCCAGUACGCUAAAUUUGGGGAGAAAUCCGGCUCAGUUACUCAAACUAACUGUAGUGGUUUGAUACAAACUGUGAUCUAACUGCAUUUUUCUGCCAUACAAGUAAGUUAGUGCAUUCCUACAGACAUCCCAGUGAGGGGAAUUUGCCGGGUAAAAAUCGGGUUUCACCCUAAAGAGUCAACCUUCAAUUCGGGGAAGAAUCGGGUAAAACCCUGAAACUUCAGGCUCUACGAAUAUUUAGUCACCCGACCAGGUCAAUGAAGUUUUUGAUGACCUUCCUCUCUGUUGUCAGCGGACCUAGCAUUGGUUGUGCAACAACGGGACGACUAUUGCUCAGUCUGUAAAGUCGAGCAGCACUGUUGGCGAGUAUAGCGCGUUUACGGUGACUGGCAGUACGCGGUUCUGCAGCGGAGGAACGUUCGAGUUCAUCGUAAAGUAGCUGGAGCAUUUCUUUGGCAAUAUCUACCUGCAUGUGCCAUGCCCGUUCUCUCAUAUUGUUUCCGUCAUUUUUUUUAACGUCCCUUUGUCGAGGCGAAUAUUCCGAGCAAUACUUCGUCGCUGCUUUUUGGCAGACAGUGAUAAGUUAUUCUUCAAGCUUCCUUCUUUUUUUGUUCUCUUCUCUUUUUUUUUUAGUGUUGUGAAAUUGCAGAGGAGGUACGUUGUUAUUAAAAGAGCAUCGAGCGGUUUUCUGCACACGUACGUGCGGAUGUCUAAGCCGCAUGCUCGUGCAGGGACUUUGUGCGGUUCUCUUCUACGUUGAUUUUUGGAACGCCUACAAGAGUCUUCGUUGUCGGAACGAAUGGGUUUCGACCCUGCGGAAUAUGUAAAAUAGGAAAUAAAUAGAUGCUUUUUUUA